CCCCUCAAUCCAUCGCCUCCUCCCACCCAAUCACGUCUGUCUCUCCCCCUGCGGCCCCGCCCCCCAGACGCCCCGCCCCUCCAGCCCCGCCCCCCGUCCAAUGCUGAGCUCAGUCUGCGUCUCGUCCUUCCGCGGGCGCCAGGGGGCCAGCAAGCAGCAGCCGGCGCCUCCGCCGCAGCCGCCCGAGUCCCCGCCGCCGCUGUCCCCGCCGCCGCCACCGCCGCCGCUGCAGCAGCAGCAGCAGCAGCAGCCUGCGCAGCCCGGCCCCGCCGCGUCCCCGGCGGGCCCCCCGGCACCCCGCGGGCCCGGGGGCCGGCGCGCCGAGCCAUGCCCCGGGCUGCCGGCGGCGGCCAUGGGGCGGCACGGCGGCGGCGGUGGCGACAGCGGCAAGAUCGUGAUCAACGUGGGCGGCGUGCGCCAUGAGACGUACCGCUCGACGCUGCGCACCCUGCCGGGGACGCGGCUGGCCGGCCUGACGGAGCCCGAGGCGGCGGCGCGCUUCGACUACGACCCGGGCGCCGACGAGUUCUUCUUCGACCGGCACCCGGGCGUCUUCGCCUACGUGCUCAACUACUACCGCACCGGCAAGCUGCACUGCCCGGCCGACGUGUGCGGGCCGCUCUUCGAGGAGGAGCUCGGCUUCUGGGGCAUCGACGAGACCGACGUGGAGGCCUGCUGCUGGAUGACCUACCGGCAGCACCGCGACGCCGAGGAGGCGCUCGACUCCUUCGAGGCGCCCGACCCCGCCGGCGCCGCCAACGCCGCCAACGCCGCGGGCGCCCACGACGCGGGCCUGGACGACGAGGCGGGCGCGGGCGGCGGCGGCCUGGACGGCGCGGGCGGCGAGCUCAAGCGCCUCUGCUUCCAGGACGCGGGCGGCGGCGCCGGGGGGCCGCCAGGGGGCGCGGGCGGCGCGGGCGGCACGUGGUGGCGCCGCUGGCAGCCCCGCGUGUGGGCGCUCUUCGAGGACCCCUACUCGUCGCGGGCCGCCAGGUACGUGGCCUUCGCCUCACUCUUAUUCAUCCUAAUCUCCAUCACCACCUUCUGCCUGGAGACCCACGAGGGCUUCAUCCAUAUCAGCAACAAGACGGUGACACAGGCCUCCCCGAUCCCGGGGGCUCCGCCGGAGAACAUCACCAACGUGGAGGUGGAGACGGAGCCCUUCCUGACCUACGUGGAGGGCGUGUGCGUGGUCUGGUUCACCUUCGAGUUCCUCAUGCGCAUCACCUUCUGUCCGGACAAGGUGGAAUUUCUCAAGAGCAGCCUCAACAUCAUCGACUGCGUUGCCAUCCUGCCCUUUUAUCUCGAGGUGGGCCUCUCGGGCCUCAGCUCCAAGGCCGCCAAAGACGUGCUGGGCUUCCUGCGGGUGGUCCGCUUCGUCCGAAUCCUGCGCAUCUUCAAGCUCACGCGCCACUUUGUGGGGCUGCGCGUGCUGGGCCACACGCUCCGCGCCAGCACCAAUGAGUUCCUGCUGCUCAUCAUCUUCCUGGCGCUGGGGGUGCUCAUCUUCGCCACCAUGAUCUACUAUGCCGAGCGCAUUGGCGCCGACCCCGAUGACAUCCUGGGCUCCAACCAUACCUACUUCAAGAACAUCCCCAUCGGCUUCUGGUGGGCCGUGGUCACCAUGACGACCCUCGGCUAUGGAGACAUGUACCCCAAGACGUGGUCGGGGAUGCUGGUGGGGGCGCUGUGUGCCCUGGCGGGGGUGCUGACCAUCGCCAUGCCCGUGCCCGUCAUUGUCAACAACUUUGGCAUGUACUAUUCGCUGGCCAUGGCCAAGCAGAAGCUGCCUAAGAAGAAGAACAAACACAUUCCCCGGCCCCCGCAGCCCGGCUCGCCGAACUACUGCAAGCCCGACCCACCCCCACCGCCCCCGCCCCACCCUCACCACGGCAGCGGCGGCAUCAGCCCCCCGCCACCCAUCACACCGCCCUCCAUGGGGGUGACUGUGGCCGGGGCCUACCCGCCGGGGCCCCACACGCACCCCGGGCUGCUCAGGGGGGGAGCGGGUGGGCUGGGGAUCAUGGGGCUGCCUCCUCUGCCGGCCCCUGGGGAGCCUUGCCCGUUGGCUCAGGAGGAAGUGAUUGAGAUCAACCGGGCAGAUCCCCGCCCCAACGGGGACCCAGCAGCAGCCGCGCUUGCCCACGAGGACUGUCCGGCCAUCGACCAGCCCGCCAUGUCCCCAGAAGACAAGAGCCCCAUCACCCCCGGGAGCCGGGGCCGCUACAGCCGGGACCGAGCCUGCUUCCUCCUCACUGACUAUGCCCCUUCCCCUGAUGGCUCCAUCCGGAAAGCCACCGGUGCUACCCCACUGCCCCCCCAGACUGGCGUAAGCCAGGCCCCCCAAGCUUCUUGCCCGACCUCAACGCCAACGCUGCGGCCUGGAUAUCCCCCUAGUGGACGAACCCCCUACCCCCGGGCUCUUGUCACCGCCUGAGGCCUCGCGAGACCCUCGGUCCCCCCCUGCCCCUUUCCCCCAGGUUAGCAAUCGGGAAUGGCUGGGAGGGGGUGUCCCCAAGAUACUGGGCUUCCAACCCCCCCCCCCCCAGGCCCUCUCUCCUACGGUCAAGACGCCCUUGUGCAGACAGACCCCUGGGCGCUGCCUAGAAAAACCCUACAGGUGCCCCCAGACGCUGGCAGAACUCUUAAGACCCGCCAAGCUUUCCAGAGACCACCAUGCUCCUCAGUCUUGGAUCCCUUUGGGUCUCAAGACGCGUUUAGAACCUUCCCGUCAGAAGGCCCCCCAUGUGAAGGCUUCUUGACCCUUUAAAGAUGCCCCAUGACAACUGCAGGUGAGCCUUGGCCCCCCCCCAGACUGCUCUGGGAGCUGUCCUCCGGCCCCCAUGGGCCCUGCCCACUCGGAUCCACCCAGCCCCUCACCUCAAGGCUCCCCCACCUGCUUUCCUCCUUCCUCCACAUCGAGGCCGGCCGCACCCCCUCCCGCC